ACAUUUUAAUAUCUUCCCUGGCCAAUGACGACGCAACUCCACCUUCUGCAUUAGAGGAGAGCUGUGCGUAUAUCGUGCGACGAACUCUCCAGGAGGCAUUGACUCGACUGCUGUCGUCUGCAGAAAUACAGGAGACCGUCACGUCACGCAGAUAUGCCUUCGGUGGGAUUAGAGAUACUCGGUGUGAUUCUCGCCGUGCUGGGAUGGUUAUCAGCCAUCGUGUCCUGCGCGUUGCCCAUGUGGAGAGUGUCGGCUUUUAUUGGCGUGAACAUAGUCACGGCGCAGAUCACCUGGGAAGGGAUUUGGAUGAACUGUGUGGUCCAAAGCACUGGUCAGAUGCAGUGUAAAAUCCACGACUCAAUGUUGGCCCUCAGUGCUGACCUUCAGGCGGCGCGUGCUCUUAGUAUCAUCUCCAUUGUGUUGGGUGUUAUGGGAGUCCUCGUGGCCAUCAUGGGGGCCAAGUGCACCAACUGUGUUGACGAGGAUGCGGCCAAGGCUCGCCUGAUGAUCGCUGCAGGUGUGGCCUUCGUCUUGGCCUCUCUGACCCAGCUGAUUCCUGUGUCAUGGUCUGCACACACAAUCGUCAUGGAGUUCUACAGCCCGGUCAUUCCUGAGGCUCAGAAGAGGGAGAUCGGUGCAGCUCUGUACCUGGGCUGGGCGGCAGCUGCGUUCCUGCUCCUUGGAGGCGGCAUCCUCUGCUCCAGUUGCCCUCCACAACCUGAGAAGAAGUACGGGCCUCCCUCGAGGAUAAUGUACUCAGCAACAAGGUCCAACGCCCCAAGCGGAAUCAACAGGAGAGACUAUGUAUGAACUGGCACCUGACGUUUUGAUGGGAGACAACAAGAACUCAAGCGGUUUAAUAUUAACUAGUUUAUUUCUACUGUAUGGAAUUUGCAAGGAACCUUUAUUUUUGUGAUGGUUUUGUGUUCGCACCAGUGUAUGUCACCACUGAAGCCGCGGGGCUUCCAGAGGUAAUGUAAGUGGCAUGGUGCUGCCUUUUGUAUAUUAUAAACCUAACUGUAUGAAUUAUUGGUAGAAUGAAGAAAACCAGUGAAAUCCACCUUUUAUAUUGCUUUUGUGUUUUAAAACAUCUGAGGCUGUGAGGCAGAUUUUAACUCCUUUUUUCUGCAACACUUUUUUCUAUUAUUAUUGUUUUAGAUUUAGAAUUUAGACUGAUGUUUGGUUAAAAAAACAUUAUAGACUGAAACCUCAAUGUUUCUUUUUCAGUUUUUGGAAACAUUAACUGGUCUGUUUAUUGACAAAUACACAGUUUUGAUGGGCCAGACUAAAGACAAAUUCACCUUUUGUCAAAUGAAAAUCACAUUUUUCAAACGUGUGUUCACUGUUUUUAUCACAACACCCAUUUACCUGCCACUCCCCCGCAUGUCUGUUGGGUCCACAAUAACAAGAAGCACUGCUUUGUCAGUUUGCUCACACUCUACUAUCAGAGCUGGUCCUCCUAGACAAUGGACCCAUUUUUGUUUGAUGAGGGGGGUGCAUUGAGGGGCCGGGGGACACAGGGAAAGGCAUUUCUGGGAAGACAGAAGGAAUUUCAAGAGCACUCCGCCGACAGGUAGACUCAUCAGAGGCCAUCAAAGAUAAUUACAUUGUUUGAUGCAGCUCCUCUAAUUCCUCACAAACUUCCACUGAAAGUAUUUUUAUUAUUGUAAAGUUUAAAGAAUGUUUUUUGUGUGUGUGACCAAAUAAACUGUGUUUAAUCUG